UUUGAUAUUGAAUGCAACAAACUAAAAGGUGCGCCACUUCACGUCUUCGUUUUUCUGUUUCUGGCAUUUUCACAUUUUAGUUUUAGAUUUCGCGCAAUUUGUAUUACUAACUUAGAAGUUCUUACUUGCAGUCGGUAAACGUAAGCUAUGUCACCAGACUUUUGAUUGCUUCGUCCGAAUUCUUUCAUAUUUUUCUCCCUCGUCGGAUUAUUACAAUGCUGGCUAAUGAACGAUUGCGUUUCAAGCUUCAUUCUGUCAACUAUCCGGUGUACGAUGUUUUCGAUGUUUCAGAUUUGGCGAAUGUACGCAAUGUGAUCGUAUGGCUGGAGGAUAGGCUUAUUCGAGCUCUUCCUGCUGAAGCUAGGUUGCGUGACGUACAAUCUUUGGAAUGGACAAGCUAUUUAAAUAAGUAUCUUCAGGCAGUAAAGUGCCCUUUUAAUGAAUCUAAUUCUUGGGCUAUGUUGGAUUGGCUUCUUAGUAAAGCACUACUAUUGGAAUACAACUCAUCUAGAAAUACUCAACACAGCAGUAUAUCUGAGAACCCUACUAUUUCCACGAACGCUUUUAAUAACAUAGAUGCUAACAGUGAUGAGUUUAAGGAAAAUGUUUUAAAGAUGGCUAAGUUAUUGCAGAUUCCUGCCCAUCCAGAUAUCAAAAUAUUAUUUAAGGCUGUCUGUUUAGUUAUCGAACAAAAACUUGAAGUAAAUAUAUUGAAUGAUGCUAUAAAGAACUAUGGGACAUCUAAAGUCGACAUGCUAAAGCUUGAUGAUGUAUGCCUUGGAUUUAGUGUUAAAGAUCCUCAUGUAAAGGCUGCAGCUAUUGCGUUAAGAUUGUUAAAUAUAGAUCGGCUACGAAAACUACAGAACCAAGCAAAUGCUAGCAUAGUACAUGUCCAAAAAUUGACAGCAGACCCAAAAACUGACGAAAGACUUGGAAAAGUUGGCUUUUAAUUUUUUUUUAAUAAACAAUUUGUUGAAUGAACAGAUUUCUCCAUUGAGCAAUGCAUGGCGAUCUGAGAUUAUUACUUUUAAAGUGAACGUUUUUUGGUCUUAUGAUAGCUGAAUAUUGUGUAUGCAGUCACUUUAUGAUGUCUCCUUUUAUUUUCCUCGAUGCGGAUGUCUAGAAAACUAGUUAUUGUCGCUUUU